UGGUUGUAUUGUAUUUGCAAUGGCGUCGAAAUUUGAGUUUGUGCAAGUCGACAUGUUCGCUUGACACUAAAGAACGAAGUAUUGGUGCGUAGUCAAGAGGCAUUAAAAUAGUGUCAGAAAUCGGUUGUGCUAGGUAAAUUCUUUGUAGAGGAAAUCGUGCGUUUGGGGGAGGAAAAUAGUUUCUUAAUAUUAUGGCUACCAAGACUGUGUUUGAGUCCGCAUAUGAAGGCGAUUUUGAGAUAUUGAAACUGAAGUUAUUGGAGGAUAAUAAACGAUUGACAGCAGUUGAUGAUAAUUGUCGAAUGCUGAUUCACUGGUCUUCUUUGGGAGGUCACGAAGAAAUAGUGAAAUAUUUACUUGAUCACGGCUCUCCUGUUGAUCCACGAGAUGAUACUGACAUGACACCUUUGAUUUUGGCAUCUUCUGCAGGAAGAGAGAAGAUAGUCAGGUUAUUGAUUGGACAUGGUGCAAAUGUAAAUGCGGUGAAUGAUGGAGGUCAUUCAUCAUUACAGUAUGCUUCAUCAAAAGGAUGGAAAGAGAUUGCUGAGGUGUUGCUGUUGAACCAUGCAGAUAUAAAUAUUGCGGAUAACAGAGGUGCGACUCCGCUGCAUCGAGCUGCAUCAAAAGGCAAUACUGCCAUUGUGAAGUUGUUGCUUCAGCAUGGCAGUCAUCUGAACAUAGAUGCAAAGGAUUCUUCUGGAAACACUCCUCUGCAUUUAGCUUGUGAAGAAAAUCGUGAUGAAGAAGCUCGACUAUUGGCCACACAAGGUGCUCAACUUGACAUUAAGAACAAAGAAGGGCUCACACCUCUUGAUUUGGCCUCAGAGGCUCUGAAAAGACAGCUUCGCUACAUUUCAGAACCAUAGUGAUAUAUGGGAGUUGUGUUUGUCAACACGUGUAAGAAAUUUGAGCUCCUUAAGAAAAUCAUAUUGCAGUUUGUUUUGUGACAAAAUUGGAGUUCUCUCAGAAGAAACAAUAUUGUCUUGUGGAAGAAAGACUGUUUAUAUUUAUGUACAUUUUCUGUUUAUGAUUCUAAACAACUGUUUACUAAUUCAAUUACUUUUUAAAAAGUAUGUUAAUUUUCACAUGUUUUAAUCUCUGCUUAAAAUUGUGGUUACUUCGAUACGCUUGAUAUAAGUAUUGCUUGUUUGUUAUUCGAUUUUUCUUUUAUUAUUAAGAAGAUAGAGACUUCUUAACUUCUUUACCCGUUGACUAAUGUUCUGCUUUUAAAGUACUUUUAACAGAUUGUGUCUUCAAAGACUGGAAUUUUGCAAGUUGGCAAAAAUAUACGCUCCUUUAAAUAUAUCUCGGAAGGAAAUCUUUGAUAUUUUCAAACUCAUUUGACCUAAUUUUCAGAUAUCAAACUGGCUUUCAUGAACUUACAGUGUUUAAGAAGCAGUCGUUUCUGUUAAGAAGCAGUAUUGUGUUAUAUUUAUGUUGCAAUGUGCCAUUAAUGAAGCGCCUUAUCUGACAUUCAAAUAUUUGUUAUGAGAUAUAUGUUGUAAGUUUCUUUCCUCUUUUUUUUUCUUUCUCUUUUUCCUUUUCUCCCAAGCUUCAGAGUAAUAUGUUUGUCAAUAAAAGUGUUGUGUUCCACACAUGACAAUUUGUACCACUUGUGACCUGCUCACCUGAUAAUUCAUUUCAGUUGAUUGAUUUUCAUUGAAAUUGUCUUCAAAGAAAAUGGUUUGUGAAAGUGUAAGUACUGACCUAUCUGUGCUGCAUUUCAUUACAUUACAAAAAGUUGUUGUGUUGCAUGCUUGGUUGAGUCAGAAUUGUAGAAGAGAAAAAGUAGUAAGGGUUCAUCCAUAAAUUACAUAUGCAUUUGUGGAUUAUUUUAGAUACCCCCUCCUCUCUGUAUUACACUUGUUAUAUUGAACCCUCCCUAAUUACAACUAUUAACUUACCUAAAAACGUUAUGAGAGUUUUUACUGCAGAGGCCAAAUUGAGGCAGUGCGUAGUGGAGCCAAUAUUUUUAAUUUGGACGAGGCAGCAGUAAUAUUGCAACAUUUCAUUGUAUGUUCAGCAUUUUAUCGGCCACCAUAAAAUCUCACGAAAAGUUUAAGAUAUUACUGCGAUGGUAAACAAGUGAUAAUACUGAUGCUUAAAUGAAUAAUUCUGAUGUUUCUGCACGUUACCACGAUAUGGUGGGGUGUUUCUUGCAAUAUAUCUAUUUAAUCAAUAUUCUUAUACUGUGAUUUGAGAAAAGAUGAAUGCAAAUAAUUCUCGUAAAGAUACUUGAAGAAAUGAUGUUCGAUGGGGAAGUUGGUGACUUCCAGUGGUGACACCUUCAGAAUGUUCAUAAAUAGGUGUUUUGGAGACAGGUUUUAUUUGGUGGAAUGCCAAGAAAAUUAGGUUAAUUUACCUAAUUCACAUUUUUUAUUGCACUAUAAAUUUUGCAAUUAAUGAUAACUAUCCCCAAAGCAAAUAUGAGUUACUUCUAUUGUGAAAAAUUUGAAUCUGAUUUGUGCAAAUCAUCGCCAGUUUUUUCUUAAUUAACAUUUGUCAUGCAAUGAAUCAACGAUUGUUUAUUUGCAUUGCUAAGGAUGUUAACAUACUGGUUGGUAUAAGUGUACAAAUCUGUAAGGUUGCGUGUUAACAGGGGUUAAAGACACGUGACUGAUAAAUUACAUCAUUCCUGCAUCAACCCUUGUGUUCAAAAUCGGUAAAAAUAAUUUAUGUUAGAGUAAAUACAAUUCUUAUUUUUUAUAUUACAUAUUAAAAUGUAUCAUAAUGAGGAGAGUUCAAUAUUUAAUACAUAAAUAUGAAGAAAAAAUUCAGAGAUUAUCCUGCCAUGGAGUUGACAGAUUACUAUGUGCUGCAAUUACAGAAACAUUGUUUUGCGUGGGAUUAUUUUUGUAAAUGCAGAAAAUUUAAAAAAGUAAGUGUCCGUUAUGUAAUAAUAAACUGCGACCCCUCUUCCCCUAUUAAAUUCUGCAUAAUCUUUCCUCAAACCAUUUCUUACUUCCUUCAGCAUUAUGAAAUUAAAGGAGUUGUUUUCUUCAGAAUAAAUUUAUUGGAAAGCAUGGUAGCCAUAGGGCUGUAGAGGCUUAUGCUCAAAGGAAAAUGGAGUGUUAGCUGUUAAAAAAUGUUCAUAUAUAGUACUUGUGCCUACUAUUUUGAUCAUUGUAAAAGCGAAUAUGUAUUUAUUCAUAAGUUUUCUCAGAGGUUGCAAUUUUUGAUAAUUGUAUGACCAUGAUUGAUUAAAACAACAACCUACCAAUACUCUCCAUGAAAACAAAAUCAAAACUAUUGAAC